GUAGGACGCGUAGCUUGCCGGUCGCUUUCCCGAUCGUAGAGGAAAAGAAGAAAGACGAGGGGGAAUUUCGGCGAUCGCGCGAGGAAAGUACAGAGGAGGAACGGCGCGCGACGGUGACCGCGCAGUUUCCUUCUCGUGUUUUUAAGCUUAGCGAAACCCGCGGGUUUCGCGAAAUCAAAAAAUUGUAGAGGCCGCGAAUCGCGUCGGCCUCUCGUCAUUUUCGAAAACGUUGCGUGAUUCUAACGUGGUCGUCCAGACGAUCCCGACGCUUCCUCGACGCAUCGGUGACCAGUGGAAGCGAGUGCUCGUGCGGCCGAUCGACGCGAGUCGACGCGCAAGCAGUCAAGACGAGCGGGUGCAGAUUUUACUUGGACCUCAAUUUCGCGGAUCUCAAUUUCCUGUAGACUCCCAAAAGCCGGACACAAAUAUGGGCUCGAAGGACGAAUGGGACUACUUUCGGAAUGGACCUAGCACGUGGGUAACGAAAUUCCCCAUGGCAGCCGGCUCCAGGCAAAGUCCGGUGAACAUCGAGACCAAACGAGUCGAAUCCGAUCAUGAGGCUUUAAGUAGCAAACCUCUACGAUGGAAAUAUCCCGCCACAGCGUCCCGGAAGCUGGUCAAUCCUGGUUACUGUUGGCGGGUGGACACCGAUGGUGAGGGCACAUUUUUGAGCGGCGGACCGCUGAUGGACGAUGUCUACAAAUUAGAGCAGUAUCACUGUCACUGGGGAUGCAGCGAUUCCAGGGGAUCUGAACAUACGGUCGACGGACAAGCCUUCGCUGGAGAAUUACAUCUUGUGCACUGGAAUACCAGCAAAUACAAGACCUUCGCCGAAGCCGCGAAAGCCUCUGACGGUCUGGCCGUUCUAGGUGUCUUUCUUAAGGUCGGCAAGACUCAUGAAGAAAUGGACAAGAUUGCGCGACUGUUGCCGUACGUCUCGCACAAGGACGAGGUUGUGGAAAUUACGGAACCUAUCGAUCCCGGCAAACUUCUUCCUGAUGACAAUGGAUACUGGACGUAUUUGGGCUCACUGACGACGCCGCCGUGCAACGAGAGCGUCACUUGGAUCCUCUUUAAAAAAUACAUCGAGGUGUCCCAUCAUCAACUCAACAUCUUCCGCAAUCUGCGAAAGUUCCCACGUGGCGAGGAGUGUCCUUGCCACGAGAAUCACGGGGUGGUGAUCAACAACUUCCGUCCACCGUUGCCACUAGGAAAUCGCGUAUUGCGAGAGUGUGGCAGUUUCUGAGGGUCGGCCCCCGCUCGGAAGAUAAGAAGAGACGAGAGAGACAGAAAGAGACAGAAGACCGGAUGAUUUUCGAUUUUCUCUGCGUUCUUUUUCUGAAUCAUCGAUCCCGUAGCGACAACCGAUGUAGCCGCUAACGAACCGCAGCGUGCCUUUCGAUUAAUCAACGAAGACUCGCCUCUCGAAACGCGAGGUGCGGUCUGCUAGGCCUCGUUGCUUUCUCGUAAUUGACUCCAUCGCUGACAGAGACUUCCGUUGCAAGCAGGAAAUUCCUGUCGCGGGCGGAAACGUAUCAAGAAUAUUUGGUAGCUUUAGCGCUCCGCAUACUCUCUUGUUAUAUUUAACGCGCUAACAAUAAAUAUAUAAGUUUUAAAAUCUAACCGUUGUCGCAGAAUUCCUACAAAUUCGAGCAGACGCAUCCACGCAAAGUGCUGUUUACAGAACACUUAUUACUCUGCAAAAAUGGUAAAUUUCACGUAAAUAAUUCGUAUCUUCAUUCAUAUAGCGCAUCUAACUUUC